UUUAUUUAACUUCCCCUUCUCGUUUCCUCUCUUUUCUUUUUUUCUUAAACCACUCUCUUGCUCUUCCUCCUGAACCCAUAAAAAAAAUCACACUCCAAAUUGUUGUUUGCUGAUUUUUUUUUCUCAAGAGUUUGUUUUAAUGAAGAGGCGCUUAACGAGUACGAAUUCUUCUUCUUCUUCUCCAUCUUCCUCUGUUUCUUCUUCAACUACUACUUCAUCUCCUAUUCAAUCGGAGACUCCACGGCCUAAACGAGCCAACAAGAGGGCUAAGAAGCCUUCUCCUUCUGAUGACAAACCAAAUAACCCGACAAGCCCUGCUUCCACCAGACGCAGCUCUAUCUACAGAGGAGUCACUAGGCAUAGAUGGACUGGGAGAUUCGAGGCUCAUCUUUGGGACAAAAGCUCUUGGAAUUCGAUUCAGAACAAGAAAGGCAAACAAGUUUAUCUGGGAGCAUAUGACAGCGAAGAAGCAGCAGCACAUACGUACGAUCUGGCUGCUCUCAAGUACUGGGGACCCGACACCAUCUUGAAUUUUCCGCAGGCAGAGACGUAUACAAAGGAGUUGGAAGAAAUGCAGAGAGUGACAAAGGAAGAAUAUUUGGCUUCUCUCCGCCGCCAGAGCAGUGGUUUCUCUAGAGGCGUCUCUAAAUAUCGCGGCGUCGCUAGGCAUCACCAUAACGGAAGAUGGGAGGCUCGGAUUGGAAGAGUGUUUGGAAACAAGUACUUGUACCUCGGCACCUACAAUACGCAGGAGGAAGCUGCAGCGGCUUAUGACAUGGCAGCUAUAGAGUAUCGAGGUGCCAACGCGGUUACUAAUUUCGACAUUAGUAAUUACAUCGACCGCUUAAAGAAGAAAGGCGUUUUCCCGUUCCCUGUGAGCCAAGCUAACCAUCAAGAAGAGGCUAUACUUGCUGAAGCCAAACAAGAGAUUGAAGCUAAAGAAGAGCCUACAGAAGAAGUGAAACAACAGUGCGUGGAAGAGCCACCACAAGUACAGAAAGAAGAGAAAGCAGAGCAGCAAGGAGAAGAGUUUGUGGGAUAUAAUAAAGAAGAAGAGGCGACGGUGGUCAAUUGCUCCAUAGACUCUUCAGCCAUAAUGGAAAUGAAUCGUUGUUCGGACGACAAUGAGCUGGCUUGGAACUUCUGUAUGAUGGAUUCAGGGUUUGCUCCCUUCUUGACGGAUCAGAAUCUCUCAAAUGAGAAUCCCAUCGAGUAUCCAGAGCUUUUCAACGAGUUAGCAUUUGAGGAGAACAUUGACUUCAUGUUCGAGGAAGGGAAGAACGAGUGCUUGGGGUUGGGAAAUAUGGAUUGUUGCGAUGUUGUUGUGGUGGGAAGAGAGAGCCCAACUUCUUCGUCUUCUCCGUUGUCUUGCUUUUCUACUGACUCUGCUUCAUCAACAACAACAGCAACAACAACAACCUCUGUUUCUUGUAACUAUUCUGUCUGAGAGAGCUAUGUAUUCUAGUUUGAAUUUCUGCUUCUUCUUCUUCUUCUUCUUCUUCUUCUUCUUCUUCUUCUUCUUCUAUCUUCUUAUGUUGAGUUCUGCUAGGGUUUGUAUUUUCAUUUCAGGGCUAGUUCGUUGGUUCUGAAUAAUCAAUGUAUUUGCCCCUUUUCUAGCUCUCUUUUCUUUUC